AGAAUCUCUAAGCUUCUUGCACACAGUUUUUUCUUUUAAGUUUGUUGUGCUAGCGUGAUAAGUUUAAAUAUUUACGUCGUGUUCUGUUUUUAAUAUUAAAUUUCUAUAUAUUUUAUGUUCAAUAUGCAACAACCGGACGUGUGUACUCUCGAUAAAACCAAAAGAAGUUUGAUCCUAUCCAUGCUGAGCUUCCUGCAGGAGGAAGCACAAAACAGUGACCCCGAUAAGAAAGAAUCCUUAGAGGUGGCUAUUCAAUGUAUUGAAACGGCUUUUGAAGUGAAUUAUAAUAGCGAGAGUCAGUCAGGAUGCGUAAACCUGUUUAAUGUAUUCACGCAAAGUCUUCAAGCUAACAAAAAGGAGACACUAACUGGAGAGUCCAUUGCGGAGGCGGAGACAUACAAAAACGAAGGUAACGAUUUAAUGCGACAAGGACUGUUUAGAGAAGCAAUUGAGAAAUAUACUGAGGCAAUAUGUAUAAACCCAGAUAAUGCGGUUUAUUACAGUAACCGAGCUGCUGCAUAUAGUCGAUUAGAUCUUAACGAAUAUGUUGUUGAAGACUGUGAGUGUGCUGUGAAAUUAGAUCCGACUUACGGAAAGGCGUAUGGACGUUUAGGGAUUGCGUACUCUAGAUUGAAUAAAUUAACAAAUGCCAGAGAUGCGUAUUUAAGAGCGCUGGAGUUGGACCCAACAAACGAAAUGUAUCAGUCUAAUCUUAAUCUCGUAAAAGAACAACUCGCAUCUAACACAGAUUCAGUUCCUAGCGACCGUAACAUGGAUAUCAAUCAGUUUAUGACGAAUCCCAAUUUGUUAAAUAUGGCGUCGGAGAUGUUGAAUGAUCCCGGAAUUCGUAAUGUGAUGUCGGGAUUACUGCAGAUGGGUAAUGAAGGCGGUAAUCCAAAUAUCGACGCGCUAUUAUCUAUGGGCCAACAAUUGGCCGAGCAGAUGCAAAUUAAUAAUCCAUCAUUUGUGGAUAAUUUACGUAGGCAAUUUUCUGGGGAUCAAGGUAGUAAUGCGUCUGCAAAUAAUACUGACAGUAACGAAGAGUCUAGUGAUAAACCAGCUUCUUCGAAAAAAGAAGAUUAACAUUUAUUAUUGUUCCAUUUUUAUUAAAUUUUUGUUAUCUGUGUCAUGUUGCAAACUUAUUUGUUAACGCUGCAUUUAAGGAAAGACGUUUUGUGCUACCAGGCACUAUUCAUUUAGUAUAUCAAUAUUGCGGUGGUCAUUGUGUCAAAUUUGGUGAACCUUUUUGAAUUAUAUUUUGUACAUGUUGAGUGCUGUGAAACAAAUUCGUAUGCAGCAUCACAAUAGUGUUUGGUCCGAUAGUUGGUACCAAAUAGACUUUGUGUAAGACUAAGUGCUAUAUUAAAUAAACAAUUAAACUUUUACAAGUCAACUGCAAAUUUUUCA